AUGGGGUGGUCGUUAAGCUUUGGCGUUACGGGCAUCACUAGGAAGACUUCCAAGGGCAUCCUAAAGUAUAAAGACUCUGUAGGGGCUGAAAGCGACACUUUUAUCUUAUCUGGCUACGAGGACCUUGUUGUCGCUGAUGAGCCACCAGUUGACAUCCGAACUCUUCAAGGUCAUGACUAUAUUGUCAAGCGAUACAGAUGUCGCAUUGAGAGCGAACCACAAGUCAUUGAGCGUUGGACCAACCUUGACGAUGAUGGGGAUACCCUUUGGCGUACCAUAUCCCCCUCGAACCAGGUGCACUUCCUUGGACGUACCGACCAGUCUCGCAUCUUUGAUGCUUCAAACCCAAAGAGGAUUUUCACUUGGAUGCUUUGUGAAGUUCAUGACCCGCUUGGAAAUGCUAUGGUGUAUAUCUAUAAGGAAGAAGACGAAGCGGGAAUUUCUGAGCUCCCCGACAUUCGUCAGGCAUGCGAAGCCGGUAGGGAUGGGGAAGCAAGAACUAGAGCCAGGUAUCUCAAGGCCAUCAAGUGCGGGAAUCGCAAGCCGAGCCGAGAGGCCGAGUCUUGGGAGAUCGAACACCGAGAGACUUCAAAGGUUGGAAAUGUCGAAAACGAAUGGAUGUUUGAGGUUGUCCUCGAUUACGGAGAGCACCAUGUUUUCGAGCCUUCAACCAACUUCGUACGAGACUGGAACACUGGCCAGUACGACACUCAGAGCCUACCAGCUAUCAGUUUUGACUAUAGCCAAGUCCCGGAGUUCAAAAAACUCCAAACCAACUCAAUCAAGCCAAAGCUUAUUUGCCAGCUUGCAGCUAGCCAAGCUAAUCCAUCUGGGGUUAAUGCACAGUGGAUUGACUUGGACGGAGAGGGGAUUUCUGGUCUUAUCGUUCAACUUGACGGAACGUGGUACUACGGCCGGAAUGAAUGCCCUCUCCAAGAUCCUGCAACGGAUGACAUGGGCCUGACUGAUGACGAAUCCUCCAGCGCCUCGGUCACCCUGUUCACGCGAGAGGUGACGAAACAGGUCUUUGCAGAUAUUGACGGAAAUGGGUCACAAAACCUGGUCGUUUUGGAUGUGAGUGGUAGACCAGUUGGUUACUAUGAACGCACGGAGGAUCAGGACUGGACCACCUUCCGUGAGUUUGAAACUAUCCUGAGCAACGAAACGGCCAAGGUUAGUGACACUGGGCCCGUCCGUAAGUUUGAUGUCACGGGCAACGGCCUCGUGGACUUCGUGACGGUGGACCAAUCACACGGCCAAGUUCUGUGGCAUGAAUCGCUAGGCAAGAAAGGAUAUGCAGCUCAGAGACGAUCUCGUGGUCCAGGGCAGCCCGUAUUCUGGGAUGAUUCGGACCAACGUACCGCAACCACGCUUGCCGACAUGAGUGGCGAUGGCUUAGUGGACAUUUUACAACUCUCCAACGGACAUGUAUCCUACUGGCCUAGCCUGGGCUAUGGCCGUUUCGGCUCACAGGUCAUCAUGAAUAAUUCUCCAUUGUUCGACCAGGACGAGGAUAAGUUCGACAGUCGACGAAUCCUGCUGGCUGAUGUCGACGGCAGCGGCGCCGCUGAUCUACUGUAUAUACUCAGCGACGGUGGGCUCAUGCUUCAUAGGAACUGUUGCGGUAAUGGUUUCAGCGAUGGAAUUCUGCUUCCCUGCUUUCCCCGAGUGUCGGAUGUUUCUUCAUUGUUUGUCAUGGACUUGUUUGGAAAGGGAACCAGUUGUAUCUGUAUGAUGGAGCAAGAUACGGCUCAAGAGGUUGUUAUACGCUACUAUGAUUUCAACUCGUCACCCAUAUCCCCAACCUCAAAGCCCAACAUGCUCACAGCUUUUGAAAACGGUGUCGGUCUUCAUACAACUAUUACAUAUUGGCCUUCCACAAAGUUCUACCUCAAGGAUCAGCGCGCUGGUAAGCCUUGGAGGACUAAAGUACCCUUUCCCGUCCAGGUUGUCCAGAAGGUGGUGUAUCAAGAUCUCAUUACCGGCCGUUCCAAGACGUGCAGAUACCACUACCAUGAUGGUCACUACGAUGGCCAUGAUCGUGAAUUUCGUGGUUUUGGGAUGGUCGAAGAAUCAGUCAGAGAAACUCUCCUUCUGACAAAUGGGAAUCGCUACCAGAAGCCUCCCUCUCUGAAGAAGGUGUGGUAUCAUACUGGUAUCAUGGCGAGCCUGACUCCUGAUUCCGCUACCACUUUCCAGAACCCACAGAUUUCUUCAAGGCUGCCCCCCGGCCUCUCGUCAGAUGGUCUGUACCAGUCAUCUAGAGCCCUCAGGGGGUUGGAACUGCGAUCUGAGCUCUACAGCCCAGAUGGAACCGCAAAGGCUAAGCUGCCAUACGUUGUGAUCGAGCGUUCAUACCUCGUGACCCAGGAGCAGGAGCCAAAGCCCUCUGGGUGCCAUGGUGUCUUUAGAACCCACGCCUCCGAGAUUUUGACUCUGAAUUACGAAAGGAAUGCUGAAAAUCCACGGAUCCAGCAUGAAAUAGUGAUCCAGCGAAAUAGUCAUGGUGACGUUGAGAGAUACCUAGACAUUCGAUACGGCAGCAAAGGAAGUCUUCUCAAUGGGCCGAAUCGCACCGCCCAGGAGAUUAAUGAAGUGAGGUACACAGAUAUCGAGUAUACGAAUGCUGUUUCAAGCUUGGAUGUGUUCAGGAAACCUCUUGUUUCCCAGUCUUCUUCAUUUUACAUAUUGGGUCUACCAAUUGAUCAUCAAAUCCUGGACGGUCGAAAACUCGCCUCGGAGGACCUUGAUCAGUAUUUGGUCAAACCAGCCAAUAUUCUUAACGAUAGCGAUUAUUCUUGUCAGGCGGAGAAGUCAAAGAUUCUCUGCAGCUCCACAAGAACCAUAUACCGGUCUCAGGAUAUGACGGGGCCACUUCAAUUUAAGGAACUGGAGCCCUUCUCUAUCGUUGAUCAGGUAUUUGAGCUAGCCCUUGACAGAGAACGUCAUCUACAAAUCUAUGGCUCAAGCAACAAGAUCCUGUCGCGGUUUGGACGCGAUUAUACGACAAUUCUCGAGAGAGAAGGCCUAUUCAUAGAUCUGGAUGGCGAUGGCAACCUGUGGGCACCAUCAUCCGUCACUUACUUCGGUACCCCUGCUGCCAAGAAUUUGCAGCUCCCUGAAGCUAGACGGUCUUUUUUCUCCCCAACUGUGACCAAAGACCCCUUCAAAGCACAAUCCACUGUGGAGAUGGAUGGUAUUUAUCUGCUUCCCUGCAACUGGACCGAUGCAAAUGGCAACGUUACACGUGCAGAUAAUGAUUACAGAGUCUUGCGGGCUGGUACAAUCAAAGACCCCAACGACAACCAGUUAAGUGUCAUUUUUGACUCACUUGGACGUACUGUUGCCUGGGCACUGAGGGGAAAGCAGGUGGCUGAGUCUCUCAAUGGUCUCACGGCAAAUCUCGCACCCCACGAGACUGCAGCUUUGUUCAAUCAUCCGACACCCGAUCUAGUGAAGAAGCUUCUUGGAAGGGCUGGAAGCCGUAUCAUAUUCGGCCCUGAGCCAGUUUUGGGCGACAGCAAGCUGAGCCCUAUGUUCCAAAUCUCAAUGGGACGAACGGGACUUGACUCAGCUGAGUGCCUCGAGGAUGGAGGAGACAUCUUCUUCAAGAUAAGCUAUUUCAAUGGAUAUUCUCAAGGUAUCCAAGAUGUCAGUCUCGCCAGUUGGGGCGAUCAUGAUGAGAAAUGGCGAUACUCGGGAAGUGUCGUGCUGGACUCCAAUGCGGUCGCGGUUCAAGUUGCUCCCCCUUUCUUCUCAUCCGACCACUAUUUCAUACCGCAUGCCACCCUCACUUCCCCCUCUGUGACCUCGUUUUAUGACGGCGCCAAUCGCGUAUCCGGAGAACUAUAUCGCGAUCACAGCUGGGUCAAGACCUGUUAUGACGACGCCUGGUCAAUGCGGCAAUUCUCAAGAGAGGACACAGUCUUGACCGAGGACCCCCGGAACGACCCUGAUAUAGGUAUACACUUCCAGGCUUUGAGCACAUCGACCUUCUUGCCCUCAUGGAGGGACAAGAGGCUAGCAUCGAUUGAUGAGCUUAUGAUAGACUCUGCUAUCAAAUCAGAAGCAUUUGCUCAUACGCCAGUAACAACACAUUUUGAUUCCAGUGGGAGACCUUCGGUUAUAUCUACUACAGAUGGGAGCGUUAUUCGCAACACAAGCUUCAAGUAUGAUGUCUAUGGUAACAGGAAUGCCAAGAUAGAUGGAGCUGGACGUGUUGUACAAAGAACCGAGUUUAAUAACUUAGGUCGAGCUCUUAGGGUUAGCAGUCUUGAUUCCGGCGAUCAGGUCAACUUCUGUGAUUGCCUUGGAGAAAUCAUUGCCACAAAGGACUCCCGAGGUAUACUGAAGCGCUAUGUAAGAGAUAAGUUACGACGAGUGACUCAAACUUGGGUUGCUGAAGAUAAGCUCGCUGAGGAGGUUCUCUGGUCGGAAGUGGUGUAUGGCGACAAUAGAGAGUACUUUCCUGAUGGCUCACAGCAGUCAAACAGGAACCACCGCGUGGCUCGAAUAUACGAUCAGUCAGGGGUGCGAACAUUUGACGAGUACGACAUUAGGGGCAACUGCACAAUGUCUACUAUGCAGCUCGCAGCCGAGUACAGGUCACUGUUCAACGCAACCGCAGAUAUGGUCCUCGAAUCUGAGAUCUGGUCAACACAAAGCGUCUUCGAUGCCAGUAACCGCGACAGGCAGUCCAAGGAUCCGACUGGAACUGUCACUGUGCGAAGUUAUAACUUCUUAUCCUAG